AUGGCAUAUAGAAGCACAGUUCAUUCUACAACUAAGUGUACCCCUAAUAUUUUAAUGUUAGGAAGGGAAAUCAGAUGUCCUGUGGACAUCAUGUUUGGGAUGCCACCCGAAAGUGAUGAUUUCUGUCCCAUCGAGUAUGUCGAAUGGGUAAAGAAUUCACUUAGAGAUGCUUUUUAUCUCGUUUAUGAACAUUCUGGACAGGCAGCCAGACGACAAAAGUUAUACCAUGAUAAAGGUUUAAAAGCCAGAUCUUAUGAGACAAAUUCAUGGGUAUGGAGGUGGUACCCUCCAAAGAUCAAUCAAACUCUAGGUCUUGGCUGGACUGGACCUUAUUUGCUUUUAGAAAAACUAUCUGAACUUACUUACAAAAUACAAAAGGAAGAACAUGCAAAACCAAUAGUGGUACAUGUAGACCAUUUAAAACCUUACUUAGGUAAAAACCCACCUAAUAACUGGUUAUUAGAACAAUCUCAUUUGACUGACACACAAACAUCAACACAAAAUGAAACCAAUGAAAACACAUCUCAAAUACAAGAUACAAACUUUACACCAGUUAUAUUUAGUACACCGGUACCAGUAAGGACACGUACAGGGAGAAUAGUAAAACCUCGUAAUAUUUUCACACCUUAG